UGCAGCUCUAUGAGUAACAAGAAAGGAUUAGUACUGGGCAUCUACGACAAUGAAUUCGAUAAAAAAAUAAGGUUAACGCCAACUGCUGAACAAUUCAAUCGGCGAUUGCAGGGGCGUUUACUAGAUCUAAUUCAUUUGUUAGCUACAAACUAAGGUAACAACAUUUAUUAUUGACAAUGUCUUUGGAACAAGAUUAUACGGGCUCUGGCUCUUCGUUAAAUAAUUUGUCUCGACCCCUGAAGCGCCAGCAUCCUUCAUCUAUUUUGAAAACUAUACAUAAUGCGGAUGCUCAGAAUGGUGAUUUUUUGUGCCCUGUUUGUUUUGAUACCAUUCGUGAGGCACACAUCACAAAAUGUGGACAUACCUUUUGUUAUGAUUGUAUAUUCCAAGCGAUUGAAAAUCUAAGGCGCUGCCCAAAAUGCAGCCGGACUAUAAAUAGUGCUGAUGAUAUUAUUCCAAACUUUUUACUUAAUGAUGUUAUAACCAAGCAUAGGCUGUUAUCUCCAGAUCUUCAACAUGAUGGUCCUGGAGAUAUUUUGCGUGACUUUGUUACUUCUGAGUCUCAAAAGUUAAGUUUGCCAGACGUGAAUGUGAUGCUUGAAGUGUUGACCCAACGGAAACAUUUAUUAGAAGCAGAAUCUUGUGCAGCUCAAAAUAGAUUACUUUAUGAAUUUCUUAAACAUCUGUUGGAGCUCAAAGAGGAACAAAAAUUACAAAUUGCCAAAGAGGUGGCAUUAAUUAAAAAGGAUAUGGGUGAAGUUGAAAAUAUCCUUCACAAUGUUCAGCAAAAGUGUCCAACUGCAGAAGAAGUUGAAAAAGUUGUUGGAAGUGAUGCAUCGGUUGUAAUAAUGAAGCAAGAACUUCUCAAUAUGAUAAACAAUGCAGUAUACUCUUCUGAUAUACCUAGGGCAGAAUCAGAUUCUAAAGGUCCUAAUGUUGAUAUUGAAGGCUUUAAUACUGGUCAGCAGAAUUAUAAUAUUGCUACAAGCUUGGCAGCUAGACGUAAACGGAUGUAUGCCCACUUUGAUGAUUUUGUUCAAUGCUAUUUUUCAUCGCGUGCUAAAGAUCUUUAUUUCAGUGCUGAUUCGACAAGCACUAAAUUAAACCCAAAGGUACCUGAACCAGAAACAACUGUAAAUUCUUAUGUAGGAUUAGAUGUAUUCCGAGAAAAUCUAGUUAAAUUUUCAAGGUAUAAUUCACUAAGACCAUUAGCGACUCUGAGCUACUCUAGUGAUAUGUUUAAUAACUCAACAAUUGUAUCAAGCAUAGAAUUUGAUAAGGACAAUGAAUUUUUUGCUAUAGCUGGUGUAACUAAACGAAUUAAAGUUUUUGAUUAUGGGGCUGUGAUCAAAGACACGGUGGAUAUACAUUAUCCCUGUGUUGAAAUGCUAUCUUCUAGUAAAAUCUCAUGCAUAAGUUGGAAUAAUUAUCAUAAGGGAACUUUGGCUUCUAGUGAUUAUGAAGGUACGAUCACUGUUUGGGAUGCAACAACAGGAAUACGACUGAAAACAUUUCAAGAGCAUGACAAACGUUGUUGGAGUGUAGAUUUCAAUAACGUUGAUACACGAUUGAUAGCCUCGGGUUCUGAUGAUGCACGGGUCAAGUUGUGGUCAUUAAAUGUAGACCAUUCUGUUGCAACAUUAGAAGUUAAAGCAAAUGUGUGCUGUGUAAAAUUCAAUCCAAAUAGUUCUUAUCAUUUGGCUUUUGGAGCAGCAGAUCAUUGCGUCCAUUAUUAUGAUCUGAGAAAUAUGAAAGGACCUUUAUCUAUAUUUAAAGGUCACCGUAAGGCCGUUUCAUAUGUGAAAUUUAUUAACUCUGAAGAAAUAGUAUCUGCUUCUACUGACAGCCAAUUGAAAAUGUGGAAUGUAAAUACUCCUUAUUGUUUAAGAACAUUUGUUGGUCAUAUCAACGAGAAGAACUUUGUAGGUCUUGCAACUGAUGGUGAUUACGUGGCCUGCGGCUCUGAAAAUAAUUCGUUAUAUGUUUAUUUUAAAGGACUAACGAAACAGCUAUUUAGUUUUAAAUUUGAUGCUGCUCGCAGUGUGCUUGAUUGCGAGCGGAAAGAGGAAGAACCAAACGAAUUUGUUUCCGCUGUUUGUUGGAGGCAAUCAUCAAAUGUUGUUGUUGCGGCUAACAGCCAAGGAAUAAUUAAAAUUUUAGAAUUAGUUUAAGCCAGCAUUUUUCUGCGUGGACUUUAUAGCUAAUUUAUACUCAGCUAAGUUAUAUCAAUCAUUUUUGAUUGUUUGUGAUUUCUGGUUUAGACUAACAUUUGUGAAAUUAGUUAUGAAUCUCAUUUAUAAUAAAUAAUGAAUUUGUUCAGUAUUGACUUUGAA